AUGGCGAGUUGCUCCUUCGUUCGCGACCAAGCGACAAGUAGUCUGAGAGCUGCAGUAGCGGCAGCAGCGGCAGCUCCACCAGCGGCGGCGACCACCUCACUUCUUUCCUCGGAAACCCCGACCGCACUCAUUGGGACCGGGUCGUCUUGUCCGGGAGCCAUGUGGCUCUCCGCGGCCACUGGCUCCCGGUCAGACUCGGAGUCCGAGGAGGAGGACCUCCCCGUCGGGGACGAAGUCUGCAAACGCGGCUACCUGCGGAAGCAGAAGCAUGGGCACAGGCGAUACUUCGUGCUUAAACUCGAGACCGCAGACGCCCCGGCUCGGCUGGAAUACUACGAAAAUGCCAGGAAGUUCCGGCACAGUGUCCGCGCAGCGGCGGCUGCAGCUGCGGCGGCCGCCUCCGGCGCCGCGGUGCCCGCGCUCAUCCCGCCGCGACGCGUGAUAACCCUGUACCAGUGCUUCUCCGUGAGCCAGCGAGCCGACGCAAGGUAUCGACACCUCAUUGCCCUUUUCACCCAGGACGAGUACUUCGCAAUGGUGGCCGAGAACGAGUCGGAGCAGGAAAGCUGGUGCGUGCUGCUUAGCCGCCUCAUCCUCCAGAGCAAGCGCCGCCGCUGCGGCACGCCCGGCGCGGAGCCCGACCAAGAGGGGUCCGCGCUAGCGGUGGCGGCAGCGGCGGCGGAGCCACCCUUCUACAAAGAUGUGUGGCAGGUAGUAAUCAAACCCAAGGGGCUGGGGCACAGAAAAGAGCUGAGCGGCGUGUUCCGGCUUUGCCUGACCGACGAAGAGGUUCUGUUCGUGAGGCUAAACACCGAAGUGGCCAGUGUGGUCGUGCAGCUCCUGAGUAUCCGUCGCUGCGGGCACUCGGAGCAGUAUUUCUUUUUGGAAGUCGGCAGGUCCACCGUCAUCGGUCCGGGGGAGCUGUGGAUGCAGGUCGAUGACUGUGUGGUAGCCCAAAACAUGCACGAGCUGUUUUUGGAGAAGAUGAGAGCCUUGUGUGCAGACGAAUACAGAGCCCGCUGCCGCAGCUACAGCAUCGGCACCCACCUGUUAACUCUGCUGUCCGCUAGGAGGCACCUGGAUUCGCUGCCCUUCCAGCCCGGCGGCUGGCUCAGAAGAUCCCGCUUUGAGUUGUGCCACCUGAGUGCCAUUGGUGACGGGGAAGACGAAAUGUUCCUCACCAGGCGCUUCAUAUCAGCCAGAGAGCCUGUACCCCACUUCAGGCGAGGAAGACAGCACCUGCCCAGAAUGCGCAGGCCCAGGAGAGCAAUGUCAGUGCCAGCCAGCUGUUUUCGCCACUUACCACGUAAGCUGAUGGUUGUCCCUGCAGAAGCCCCCAACGAUGGAGCCUGCCUGUCUUCUGAAGCAUCUGGUUCUGGUAACUCUGGGGAGGAAGGCAACCCUCAGGGCAAUGAAAGUCAGGAAGGAAAUGGAGGCGACUACAUGCCCAUGAACAAUUGGGGCUCAGGAAAUGGCCGGGGCACAGGAGGUGGCCAGGGCUCAAGUGGCCAAGGCUCCAGUAGCCAGAGUUCAGGAGGAAACCAGUGCUCCGGUGGGGGACAGGGCUCUGGAGGGGGUCAGAGCUCAAGUCAUGGCCAGGGCUCAGGAGGCCAGGGUGCAGGAGGAAACCAGUGCUCAGGAAAUGGCCAGGGCACCGCAGGUGGCCAUGGCUCAGGCAGCGGCCAGGGGGCUGGAGGUGGUCAUGGGUCAGGUGGUGGCCAGGGGCCUGGAGGUGGCCAUGGCUCAGGAGGUGGUGGCAAGGACUCUGGAGGGGGCAAGGGCUCAAGAAGUGGAAAAGGCUCAGAUGGCAAUGAUGAACGUGGAAAAUCUCUGAAAAAAAGGUCCUACUUUAGCAAAUUAACUCAAAGCAAACAACAGCAAAUGCUACCACCUCCACCACCCCCACCACCCCCACCUUCCCCACCUCCCCCACCUCCCCCACCUCCACCACCUCCACCACCUCCACCCCCAACACCUGGAGCAACUGGUGGAAAAGGGAAGUCCGGAGGCAGGUUCCGACUUUAUUUUUGUGCUGACAGAGGAGCCACAAAAGAACGCAAAGAACCUAAGGAUGUCAAAGAGGCAGAGACCUCUGAAGGUGCAGCUCGGUAUCCCCACAGAGCCAGAGCUUUUGAUGAAGACGAAGAUGACCCAUACGUGCCAAUGAGGCCAGGGGUUGCUGCCCCUCUUGCAAGCUCCAGCGAUUAUAUGCCAAUGGCUCCUCAAAAUGUCUCUGCCUCCAAAAAGCGCCAUUCUCGAUCACCUUUUGAAGAUUCAAGAGGGUACAUGAUGAUGUUUCCCAGAGCGAGCCCACCACCUGCACCAACUCCCCCCAAAGAGCCUGAGCCUAAUAAAGAGGAUGACUCAAAGGACAAUGACAGUGACAGUGACUACAUGUUCAUGGCUCCUGGAGCUGGUGCAAUUCCAAAAAACCCCAGAAGUCCUCAGGGUGGCUCUUCGUCCAAAAGUUGGAGCUCCUACUUCUCUCUGCCAGACCCUUUUCAGAGCUCCCCCUUGGGACAGAAUGACCACAGUGAGUAUGUACCCAUGUUACCUGGGAAGUUCCUGGGGAGGGGGCCAGACAAAGAAGCCUCAUUUAAUAGAGGCCCCAAAGAUGCACCUUCAAAGCCUUUAGAUCAGGGCUUUUGCCCAGAGCCUGGAGAUGGGGGGUCACCCUCAAAGCCCUCCGAUGAUGGACCCCCAAAGAACAAGGCUAAGAGACCCAACAGAUUUUCUUUCAUUACAAAAGGAAAUAAAAUCGAGUCAAAACCACAGAAGCCCACACAGGAGCAGAGAGGCGCUGACAGCUCUAGUGACUACGUCAACAUUGACUUCACUGAAAGAGAGAGCAACACACCAGUCCGCUCUACUCAAAGACUGCCAGAUUCGUGGGGCGUAAUUGCUGACCGCAGACAGUCAGCCUCUUCUCGUUAUGUGAAUCUUCAGUUCGGAGUGCCAUUUCCAUAUCCGGCAAAUAACUUCUCAAAUCUUAUAAGAGUUAUUCCAGGUGCCAUUCCCCCAUCUCUGGACGGUGCUAGGUGGCCACUUCCUCCCAGUGCUACAGGUGGCAACGCUGAGGAAGAGGGCGAGUACAUUGAAGUGAUUUUCAACCCAGCAAUGAUACCAGCCGUGCCUUUUGCUGACAGUGCCAUUCGCUAUGAUGCUGAAACAGGUCGAAUCUAUGUGGUCGACCCAUUUUCUGAGUGUUGUAUGGACAUUUCUCUCUCCCCCAGCCGAUGCUCUGAACCGCUACCUGUGGCUAGGUUGCGGCAGGAAGAAGAGCAAGAGAGAAGACGCCCCCAAAGCCGAUCCCGAAGUUUCUUUGCAGGCGCCAGAGCCGCUGUCUCCGCUUUUCCAACUGACAGCCUCGAGAGAGAUCUUUCUGCCUUCUUAGCCUCUGCCGCCGCUGCGCCAACCUUAGUGGUGGGCCGGGCUUUAGCCGCGGCCUCCGCCCUGGCCGCGGCCCCGGGCAUCGGCGCAGCCGCCGCGGGCUUGGAAGCGACCGCUGGAUUUGACUCCGCCUCUGCCCGCUGGUUUCUACCUGUUGCUAAUGCUGCUGCCGCCGCCGCCGCUGAAGCCAUAAGGGGGUUCCAAAACAUUGCCGAAGACUGGAAUCCCGAAGGCUCAAACCCAUCUGCAGACCCUGCCAGAGGUGAAAAUGAGGCGAGUGGGGCUGCCGCUGCCGCUGCCGCUGCCGCUGCCGCUGCCGCUCCCGCUCCCGCUCCCGCUCCCGCUCCCUCGCCACCGCCUCGCCGCCGCCCAGUGCCAAGACCCCCGGAGCGAGAAGAUUCUGAGGACGACGACGACACUUACGUGAGAAUGGACUUUGCCAGACCUGACAAUAAGAAGUUCGACUCUCCCGAAAGAGGUUGGUAAUUUUAGAAGUCCAUUCGCAGUGGGUUUUCCUUAAGGUUAAUGGGCAUUGCUCAGUGAAUCCGUAUGCUAUUGUGUUUACAGUGUUAGGAAUAAAUGAGUAAUAGUUCAUUAACUUGUGUUUGGCAUGAAGGGCAGAAAUUAGUUAUAAUUAUUCAUGCAAUACCUUGUGAUCUUUGCAAAAACUUAAGUUUUAAUCCAAUUAUAAGGUUUUUUUUCCUCUGGAAAAAACCGAUUAUGAUUGAAACAUUGAUUUU